AUGGGAGCCACACCCCCAUUUACGCUCCCUAGUCAACAAAACAAUAUAAUAGUAGUAGCUAGUAUACCAUUCCAGUCAAACCACAAGAUUUUUCAUCGCAGUGAUUUAUGUAUACGCAUUCUUUGAUUUGUAUUUGUAGACUCAUUCUAAUUAGAGGCCUGUUUCCACUGCCCAUUUCUGAAAAUCUCUCUCUCUCUCUCUCUCUAGCUCUCUAAUACUGUAUAUAAUCUGAAGUUCUGAACACGUACAUAUAGGCUAGGCUUGGACGGAUCUCCAUUGAUUACCAAUCCAUUUGACUUAGGAAGAGGAAAGUAAUGGGAGGAUCACCAACACCAUCAGUUCUUUAUGCCUUGGCCUUUUAUUUUGUUUCCCUCCUGGGCUUGGUUCAGAUUGUCCAAGCUCAAAAUGGUACUACUCCUCCUUCCGAAGUGAGUGCUUUGAACUCCGUCUUCAACCAAUGGGGAUUAUCAUUAUCCUCAACAGAUUAUCAAUGGAACAUAAGCGGAGAACCAUGCAGUGGAAACGCCAUCAACACUACCUGGGCCAUCGGAUGCGAUUGCAAUGGGACUGUUUGCCACAUUACCCAACUCGAAGUCCAUGCUCUGGAUGUUACUGGAGGAAUCCCGGAGGAGCUGUGGUCUUUGACUUCCCUCACAUAUUUGAACUUGGGCAAAAAUUACCUGACUGGUCCCCUGUCUUCAUCCAUUGCCAAUCUAACUCAAAUGAAGUGGCUGUACCUGGCGUAUAAUGCAUUAUCGGGGGAGGUUCCAAAGGAACUUGGAAAACUAACUAAUCUCACAGUUUUAAGCAUUUGCAUUAAUAACUUCUCAGGCUCUCUCCCAUCAGAACUGGGGAAUUUGGUAAAAUUAGAGGAUCUCUACUUCUACAGUUCUGGAGUUAGUGGAGCUAUUCCAUCUACAUUUGCUGCUCUACAAAGCCUCACAACAGUGUGGGGUUCGGAUAAUGAACUCACAGGGAGCAUACCUGAAUUCAUAGGGAACUUGUCAGAACUUAGAGAACUGAGGUUUCAAGGAAACGCCUUUGAAGGUGGAAUACCAUCAACAUUUUCCAACUUGACCUCGUUGAUGGACUUGAGAAUAAGCGAUUUAUCUAAAGGAAGCUCUUCACUGGCAUUUCUGAAAGAUAUGACGUCUCUGGAGACCUUAAUUCUGAGGAAUAACAAUAUUUCUGGUACAAUCCCCUCCAAUAUUGGUGAUUUUCAGAGUUUGUCUCAACUGGAUUUGAGCUUUAACAUUUUAACUGGACCAAUUCCAGAUUCUCUCUUCCAUUUGGGACUCUCUUACUUGUUUCUUGGGAAUAAUAAAUUGACUGGAAUGCUUCCCGCACAAAAGAGUCCUCUUCUGCAGAUGAGGCUUCAGCGGUCAAAUGUAAGACUGAACAAUUUAUCGGUUCUCAGUAAAACGAAAAUCUCAACUAAGCAUCCCCAUUAUGUCGUUGCUUGCAGAGAUGUGUCAUACAAUCAAUUAUCGGUGGAACUUCCAUCUUGGGCAAAGAACAGUGUUCUGGCUACAGGAUUGGAUUGUAUUCAAGAGAACUUUCCUUGCCUUGGGGGUAUUCCCAGUUCUCGUAAGUAUUCCGACUUUGCGAUUAAUUGUGGUGGUCCAGUGAUAACAUCAUCUAGUAGUCAGAUUGUAUAUGAGUGGGAUAACGACGUUCUUGGUCCAGCUACUUAUUAUGAGGCUAGUACAAAAAGGUGGGCAGUAAGUAAUGUUGGGCAGUUCAACGGUACAAAGGCUGCCCAGUAUACGAGUGUCUAUUCAUCUCAGGUCAUAACUAAUUCGGACUCGAGGCUGUUCCACACAGCACGGAUAUCACCGGGAUCACUAAGAUAUUUUGGGCUGGGACUUGAGAAUGGUAAUUACACUGUGACUCUCUAUUUUGCAGAGACAGAAUUCUUAAAUUCCCCAUCUUGGAAAAGUCUUGGAAGGCGUGUUUUUGAUAUAUACAUUCAGGGGAAUUUGGUUCGGAAAGAUUUCGACAUAAAAAAGGAGGCCGGUGGGGUAUCUUUCAAAGCUGUUCAGAUUGAUUUCCGAGCUCAGAUAUCAAAAAACUACCUUGAAAUCCAUCUAUUUUGGGCUGGUAAAGGGACUUGUUGUAUACCUAUUGAAGGUACAUAUGGACCUUCUAUUUCAGCAAUCAGUGCUGUCCAAGAUUUCAUUCCCACUGUUGGUAAAAACCCUACAUCCGGCAAAAAGAGUAAGACUGGUAUGAUUUUGGAGAUUGUUGUUCCUGUUGGAGUUGUAAGCUUUCUAUCUUUCCUUGCGCUCUAUUGGUUUGUCCUUUGCCGAAAAGGGCCGAGAUGGGACGACGAUGAAGAUCUCCUAGGGAUGGAUGUUAGGCCCUACACUAUUAGUUAUGCAGAACUAAAGGUUGCAACAGAAGAUUUUAAUCCUGCAAACAAACUUGGGGAGGGAGGCUUUGGACCCGUUUUUAAGGGAACACUUAAUGAUGGGAGGGUUAUUGCUGUCAAGCAACUGUCUGUGGCCUCCCGCCAAGGAAAGGAUCAAUUUGUUGCAGAGAUUGCUACAACAUCUGCUGUUCAACACCGAAAUCUUGUGAAAUUGUACGGAUGUUGCAGUGAGGGGAACAAACGACUGAUUGUGUAUGAGUAUCUUGAAAACAAGAGUCUUGAUCAAGCAUUGUUUGGGAAGACAAGUUUGUUUCUUAACUGGCCCAUCCGCUUUGAUAUAUGCUUGGGUGUAGCAAAGGGUCUAGCUUAUCUUCAUGUGGAAUCUCGGCUUCGCAUUGUGCACAGGGAUGUUAAGGCAAGCAAUAUUCUUCUUGACUCUGACCUCAACCCCAAAGUUUCUGAUUUUGGUUUGGCCAAACUUUUUGAUGACAAGAAGACCCACAUCAGUACCCGUGUUGCAGGGACAUUAGGGUAUCUUGCACCUGAGUAUGCUUUGCUUGGGCAACUUACAGAAAAGGCCGAUGUGUUUGGCUUUGGUGUUGUAGCUUUGGAGAUUGUCAGUGGAAGGCCAAAUACUGACUCGAGCUUGGAAGAAGAAAAGAUCUAUCUCCUUAAAUGGGCCUGGCAUGUGCAUGAAACCAACCGUGAAGUUGAGCUAGUGGAUGCUAGAUUGUUAGAAUUUGACGAGGAAGAAGUAAAACGAGUUAUACAAGUAGCUCUUUUGUGCACCCAGAUAUCUCCACAACAACGCCCCUCCAUGCCGCGUGUAGUGGCGAUGCUUUCAGGAGACAUUGAAGUUAGUGCAGUUACUUCACGGCCUGGAUAUUUGACUGACUGGAACUCAGACACAUCCAGUUUUAUGACUACGGAUAUUCCAAGUGCAGAAGACGUACAUAGCCAAUUCAGUUCAUCAACGAGUCGGAUACUCUAAGUGCAACGAACAUAGCCAAUUCCGUUCAUCAAUGAGUGCAAGCAUGGCAGCAAAUCCAGGGUUAGAGAUUUUCAACGUAAUAAAUGGGUUUCUAUUUGGGAUUUUUUGAAAAAAAAAUUCUUUUUUGUAUUUUGAUAGAUUUUUGUGAAAUUUUGCAACACCUUUAAUCUAAAUCAACUUUGCAAAUAAUAACAAACGUGUGUACUUGUUUGACAUUUAGAACUUCAUGUUCUUAGGAUUGAAAGUAGAUGUGGCAAUUUGUGUACAGUAAUAUGGGGGUUUCAUCUAAAUCCAUCCAUUUAUAAUUAGCUCAAA